GCGCGCGCGCGCGCGCGCGUGUCUGACAGUGCUGAACGCUUGUGCCUCGGCGUGCGGCGGUGAACGGCUUCAUGACCCGGAGAGAGAAAGAGACACACAGCAAGUUUUAGCAUGCGUGAAUUCUACAAUUUACAUUUCCACAGCAUUUGAAGAUGAUGCGAUUGCUGUUCCUGUGCCUGCUAAUACCAGCUGCAAGGGUUUCUUCAGAGGAGGGCGACGGAUCAGGCGGUGAAGAGUUUGAUGAUGAGGAUUUUUCCAAGACAAAUGAGGUUCAAGUGCAAGGAGCCUUCCUGGACAACAGCAAUGUUGACUUGGUAGCUGAUAAAACUACGGGUGUAGCAGACUCUUCAGGUCAGCUCACUCUCAUUGUUGUCGUCGUCGUAGCUGUGAGUGUGGUGGCUCUCACUGUUGCAGUGAUAAUUGCAGUAGUGUUGGUGAGACGCCGCAAGCACAACCAACAGCAAGGGAUCUACACUGUGCCUACAGAGCAGGGCCAGAAAGGGGCAGUCUAGCCUCAGGAGGGGGUCCCACCCCUACUGGACACCAGCGAGAGCGGGCCAAUGCACUGAGCUCUAGCAUAUCCUACUAUUUGAUCCAGGACGGGCCACCUUCUCUGCUCCACAGCCUGCCUCUCACAGUGCGGUUCCCUGCUCCUUGCCCUUACACCACUCCCGAUCAAUAACUAUGCAGUGUGUGUGUGUGUUUUUCUUUAAUUUUGCUGCUGCGUACCGUUGUCUCCAUCUCCGACACCUCUCAGACAGUAUGUACGCACAGUUUAGCCUGGGACAUUUGGAACAUAUUUAAAUCUGGUAAUUGGAUUCUAUUUAAGGAGUCCAAAUCAAAACCACUUUUCACGGCAUAACGCGGAAAAUCUUCUUUUGUUAGGAUGUAUAAUGUAGCGCAGCCCCAGCUCCCUGUUUUUUUUUUGCCAGCUGAUAUAAACAAUCAUUCUUCUGAGUUCCUCGGCGCCUAAAUUUUGUUUGAUUUGGUGCAUUAGGAGCAGACCUGUCUGAGUGGAUGGCUCCUGUUUGAAUAAGACAAACCAUACUAAUCCAUACUAAGUUGGCCCCGUUCUCACUUCAUCCUGCUAUUCGGCGGUCUGACAUCUCCUGUUCCUGGCUCAUUAGGAGUGACAGGAGGCAAUGCAGUAGGAAGAUAAAGCUCGUCCCCCACUCUUCUCAGCCUCUGUAAAAAAGAAACGAGUGGGGGGGGGGGCGAGUCUGAACACCCUCUUGUGAGGCAGCGAAUUAAUCGACCGUCAUGAAUGAUGAUGUUUUCUUUUCCCCCUUCUCUUUUUCGUUUGAAAGGCUUCCGCUUUAAAACCCACAGCCUCGCGGACUGUAAAUAGCUCUCUGAUGGCUGGGGGAGAGUUAGAUUAAUGGUCUGUACGCUGGGACGUAGAGGCUGGACGGGUGGGUGAGUAGGGGGCAGAAAUCUUUAGAAUCGAAUAAAGUGAGGGCGAUGAUUGGGGGAAAUACCCACAGUGCCUAUGUUUCAUUCAUACUGAGUACACCCGCACCAUCACCGCGUCUCCCUUUUCAUUUAAAUGGAAAUCAAUCGUGCCCCCUUGAACAAAAGCUUUAGGACUUGGGCUUAUUUGUUCCUGUAUUACAGAGAAAGGAAGUUGCCUUGGCAAAGGUCAGAGGAAGGAGGGAGGGGAUAUGGCCCUGUUUGGCAUGGCGGAGUUUUUCAUUUGUUGCUACAUGAGGAGAAGUUAUUACGGAGUCAACGUGUCCGGGAAUAUGGCUUUGUGGCGCUGAAACCAGCGGAUCUGUCAAAACAGCAUCACGCCGUCCUCCUCCGCCCAGCCCCGCCACUUUAAUCUCAUAGCUGGAGGCUCGCCUCGGCGUUAUUCCAGCCAGACAACACCUGUAAUAUCACGCAAAUCUGUCGGUACUGUAAUCACUUUACUUGGCCUGUGUGUUGGUGCCUUAUUUGAAAACGACAAAUUCCAGUUUAAACAGAUAAUUCAGCAUAUUUUUGUCGGGUUUUUUUUUUUGUGCGCUCAAGUGUCUGAUAUCUAAGUAGUGAAUGUAUUAUUUCUCGUAAAGCUCGCAUAGCCCAGUUGUCCAUCUCAGACAGCCUCAUUCAACAAACGCAGUGCCACACGUUUCAGUUCCUCUGUCAUCACACAGCGUGUCAGUACUGCCUUCGCUGGGCCGACAAAGCCGCAGUCGGUAUGAACGUAGUCAUGUCUUGUGUUUUGAAUGUCUUCUGAAAAUGUACAAGGCAAAACGGACUGGUGAAAUUAGCCCAGUCCAGUGUCCUGAGAUCCAGACAGAAGUGCACUGCCCAGCCCCGCUCCUCAUGGCCUUGCCCGGGCAUUCAGCCACACUGCGCCAGAGUCUCCGGUCAAGCCUCGUCCUCCCGAGACCGUUCUUGUAAAGCUCGUCCUCCUGAGACCGUUCUGGCAAAGCCAACCGUUGUUCUUCGUUUCUGUCUCAUUGUGUCAAAUGUGGGAAAUGCGAUAUAUUUUCUAAAAACCCCAAAAAGUAACUCAGGAAAGUGCUCUCACAGAAUGAUAAAUCCUGGAAGAAAAAAAAUAAUUCUCAAGGUCUUUUUAGUUUUCUGGGCAAGACUGAGCAUUACUAAGGACAGGGUCCCCGACACUAACCGGACUCAUUUUUGCAAGGUUGUUCAGAUAAAGGUUUUACAACAUGACUAUAUAUUCAAUAUUCCUUGACAAUACGAGCAUUGUAGGUAUCUUUUGAUGGAAAAAAUAUCAACUCGACGAGAUCCCCCUCGUGUAGUUCAUGGAUGAUGCCUGCCGGCACAAUACAGCUACUAUGUUUGGAAACAAAACCAUUCCUCAAUGCGUGUAAUUGUUAUUUUUUUUGUGUCACUUAUUGCAAUAACAUUGUCAAAUGUUGGACUUGCAUUUCAACGCACUUGUCAUCAAACUCCCCCUCACGUAUCGCUCCAAAUUAACCUGUAUGUUUGCUAAGGAUGCUCACGAGGUUCUGUUUAUAUACAUAUAUAUAUAUAUAUAUAUAUAUGUAUAUAUAUAUAUAUAUACAUAUGUAUAUAUAGUGCAGAGGGAUGAACUUUUUACACAUUACCACAUAGCUCAUAAAACGCACUGUUGGUACACCGUUUCCUUUACUACAGAAGAAUAAACUGCUCAAUUCACGUUGAUUUUUUUUUGUUGUGAUGCAAAAUAGUACGGGUAAUACUCUACCUAGCUAUGCUAAAGUCUGGAUUAUGUUGAUUUCCUUGACAUUAAAUCUUUUAUAACAUCUACU